AUGUGCAGCACAAUUACUACUAUUGGACCUCGUGCAUUUGAAAAUACAAAUAUUACUCAUAUUGAUCUUAGUCGUGUUAUUGAUUUAGAUCUUUCUGCAUUUAAUGGAACAAAAAUCAAUGAACUCAUAAUAAAUCAGAAUAUUACAAGGAGAAGAAAAGAUGUUUUCGACCGUGAUACUGAUCCAAUAGAAUACAAUAAAGGAAAUAUGUGUUAUUCACCAUAUGUUGAAAAGAUCACAAUUGGAAGUAAUGUUGGACAAUUUAUUCCUGGAUAUUUAAACAAUCUAAACCUAAAAGAAAUCAUUGUUGAUGGCAAUCCAUUAUUUGUAACAAUUAAUAAAGUUAUAUAUCCAGCAGACAAAGAAACUCUUUAUGCAUAUCCAGGUGGUCUAGAAGCAAGAGAAUUUACAAUUCCUAGUCAUGUAAAAUUCAUUAGAUUAUAUGCAUUUGCUUAUUGCAGAAAUUUGGAAAAAAUAAUUGUAAAUUCAAAUGUUUUAUUGACAGAUGGAAUGUUCUCAUAUUGCACAAGUGUUAAGACAAUUGAAAUCAAUAAUGAAACAGAUUAUUUCCCUGCUGGUUGUUUUGCACAUUGUGCUAAUUUAACAACAAUUAAAUUACCUGAAAAUGUUAUAAUAACUCGCUUGUUUUAUAGUUGUUUCCAAGGAUGCAGCAGUCUUCAAAUACUUAAUUUUAGAAACCAACUAAAAUAUGUUGGAGAAUCUUGCUUUAAAGAAUGUGAUUCAUUAAUAGAGAUUGACUUUUCUUAUAUGUACAAGAUUCCUCCAAAUUGCUUUAGAUCAUUUGGAAAAGAUAAAAUAAAUUUGCUUAAUAAUGCAAACAUCAAAACAAUUUGUAAAGAAGCAUUCAUGGAAUCAAGUAUCGCUGAAUUUGUCUGUCCCGAAAACUUAAUAAUCAUAGAAGAAUAUGCCUUUGCUAAAUGUUCCUUGCUAAAAUCAUUUAAGUUCAAUGAAAAAAUAUCUAUAAUCAGUGAUUAUUCAUUUUCUGGUGUAGGAUUGGAAGAAUUGUUUAUUCCAAAUUCAUUGAAAUCUAUUACACCAUAUAGUUUCCGUAAUUCAAAUUCCAUUCGAUUCAACUUUAGUGAAGGAGGACAUCCUAUUUAUUAUGUUGAAAACAAUUGUUUCAUGAAUAAGAAUGAUGGAUUAAUAUUUAUCAUUGAAAAAAGAGGUAGUGUUUUUGAAAUUCCUAAUAAUGUUAAAAUGAUCAGUAGUUCGGUUCUUUCUAAAUAUGAUUACUAUCAAUUCGUAAUCAACUCUGAUACUCAUGAUUCUGCAUUCUUAAACUUCUCGGAUUACUUAAUUAAAUUAUGUAUAACAUCACCUAACUAUGCAAAGCAUUUAAAUGAAGAUUGUCUUCUUAAAAUAUAUGAUAAAAAUAAUGCUGAUAGAUAUGCAAAGGAAGGAGAAUAUGAACCAACAUAUAAAUUGAAUAAUAACCUAUAUAUGAAUGAUUCAUUUUCAUACAUUUAUGAAACAAUUACUGAAUCAACUUUCGCAUAUUAUGUUAAUCAAUCAUUACCAUUUUUACAGGACUUGAAUGCUUUUUCAAUAUUCCAUUCAGUUCUUUUGGUCCUGGUUUCUUUAUUAUCAGUUGUAAUAAUAAUACUUUCAAUCAUUGCAUUGAAAAUUACUCAUGAAUAA